UCGUCCCUUCCCACCGACCGCCCUGCCGCUAGUCCAACCAUCCUCCCGCUUUCGCUGCGACGUUUUUAUCCCUUGGAUAGACUAGACACACUCGCCGUGGCAUUUCCUUUCGCGCGAUUCCCAUUUCCUCCAACGUCAUCUCGGAAUAAAACGUGACGCCCCAACAUCCAACCUACCUUGUACGGUAGUGAGCGAUUCGAGGUUACCCCGCCAGCACCAUGGGCAAAUCACAAUCCAAGCUCUCGCAGGAGCAGCUCAACGACCUCCAGAAGUCCACCCAUUUCGACAAGAAAGAACUUCAACAAUGGUAUAAGGGCUUCCUCAAGGACUGUCCAUCUGGCACUCUCACCAAGGAGGAGUUCCAAAAGAUCUAUCGCCAAUUCUUCCCUUUCGGUGACCCGAGUUCGUUCGCCGAAUAUGUCUUCAACGUCUUCGACAGCGACCGAUCCGGCACCAUCGAUUUCAAGGAGUUCAUCUGCGCUCUCAGCGUUACCAGCCGCGGCAAAAUGGAGGACAAGCUUGACUGGGCUUUCCAGCUCUACGACAUUGACGGUGAUGGCAAGAUCAGCUACGACGAGAUGCUACAGAUUGUAGAGGCCAUUUACAAAAUGGUGGGGUCAAUGGUAAAACUCCCCGAAGACGAAGAUACCCCGGAGAAACGCGUGCGGAAAAUCUUCCGCAUGAUGGACAAGGACGAGAACGGCAGCCUCGACCUGGAAGAGUUCAAGGAGGGAAGCAAACGGGACGAGACCAUCGUCUCGGCCCUGUCGCUGUACGAUGGCUUGGUGUAGAUGGUCUGGCGCACGGGAAGGAGGAAAAAGAAUAGGCAUGAUUCCAGAGAGGAGACGAAGGAAACACAAGCAAGGUCGCGGAUCCCGUCACACGAAGUGUUGUCAGGGGAGAGCGCCUACAUCGUAGUGCUGCCAGAACCACCGGCGAACG